UGGCAUCCCACCAUUUUUGCACGGUGGGAUCGCCUGCUCUCUCAGGUCCCCAUUUCCAGGCAACUUGUGCACAAACGUAACAAAGCAAUGAGACCCUCUGCUGAUCGCGUGAUUCCACUUCGCCUUCUUCACAGUCGAACGCUUUCAACUUAACCCUCCACUUCCCUCUCAUCCGAUGCUGGCUACUACAGUACUUUCUCAGCUGGUUCUUCCAGUCCCGGCUAUACAAACAUCUUUACGUCAUCCGAAACAAAAUCUUUUUUGUUUCGGACUUUCGUAUCGACGCUUAAAAUUCAAAGUUUCGGCGGAGGCAAAGAAGCGGCUGCCGGAGCUACAGACUCCGAAAUCAGAUAGGGCAAAUUCUUUGGUAGAGAAUGGGAGUGUUGAUUUCGGAUGGCUGCCUGCUUUUCCUCAUGCGCUGAUAGCUUCAAUGUCGAAUUUUCUUUUUGGUUAUCACAUAGGAGUGAUGAAUGGUCCUAUUCUUUCUAUUGCACGAGAGCUGGGUUUUGAAGGAGACCCAAUUCUUGAGGGACUUGUGGUCAGCAUUUUUAUAUGUGGGGCAUUUAUUGGCAGCAUAAGCAGUGGUUCACUAGUGGACAAACUUGGAUGUCGGCGCACAUUUCAGGUUGAUGCAAUACCAUUAAUUCUUGGUGCCAUUAUAAGUGCACAAGCCCAUUCCUUGGAUGAAAUACUUUGGGGAAGAUUUCUUGUUGGACUUGGCAUUGGUGUGAACACAGUUCUUGUUCCAAUCUAUAUUUCAGAGGUUGCCCCAAAAAAAUACAGGGGUUCUCUAGGAACUUUGAGUCAAAUUGGUACAUGCCUUGGGAUCAUAACAUCACUGUUCUUUGGAAUUCUCUCUGAAACUGAUCCACAUUGGUGGAGGACAAUGCUCUAUAUUGCAACUGUUCCUGCAGUUAUUCUUUCAGUUGGCAUGCAGUUUGCUGUGGACAGUCCUCGCUGGCUUUGUAAAGUAGGAAGAUUAGAAGAUGCUAAGGCAGUUAUCCAAAAUCUCUGGGGACCAUCUGAAGUUGAAAGGGCGAUCGAAGAUUUCCAAUCGGUCAAUAAGAAUAAGAGCUAUGAUGAUGAGGGCAGCAGGUGGUUGGAACUCCUAGAGGAGCCACACUCUAGAGCUGCAUUCAUUGGAGGUUCCCUUUUUAUACUCCAACAAUUUGCUGGUAUAAAUGGAGUCCUGUAUUUUUCAUCAUUGACUUUUAAAGAUGUUGGUAUAACAAAUGGUGCUUCAGCAAGCUUUGUUGGGAUCAUCAACUUUGCAGGUGCACUUUGUGCUUCAUACUUGAUGGAGAAGGAAGGGAGAAAAAAACUGUUAGUUGGCAGCUAUAUAGGAAUGGCUGUGUCGAUGUUUCUUGUAGCAAGUGCAAUCAGUUUUCCAGUAGAUGAGGAACUCAGCCACAACUUAUCAAUAAUUGGAGUCCUCAUGUAUAUUUUUACCUUUGCAAUUGGAGCUGGUCCAGUAACUGGUAUUAUCAUACCAGAACUUAGCAGUUCCAGGAUGCGUGGAAAGGUUAUGGGAUUCAGUUUUUCUGUUCAUUGGGUUUGUAAUUUCUUGGUGGGUCUAUUCUUUCUUGACUUGGUGGAAAUAUUUGGGGUUGCUCCAGUAUACACUGGUUUUGGCAUUGUUUCUUUGUUAGCUGCCAUAUUUGCUAAUUACUUCACAAUCGAAACCAAGGGGCGUUCUCUCGAAGAGAUUGAAAUGUCUCUGAACCCCAAUUUGGCAGCUAAAGACGAGCAAUAGUAUAUCCGACUCCAAAGCAAGGCAAUGGAUACCUGUGUAUAUAACCACAGAAAUGCUUUUCUCUUGAAGGAUUUCAGCUGGUGGUGAUUCUUGUUCACGCAGUUGCUUAGCUGUGAACGAGUAAGCUUCCAAAAAUUUUGUUUUGAUAGUAAGGAAACCUCUGUGGGUUUCUGUAUUAUAAUUUAGCCAACAUUGUAAUUCUCAUUACAUCAGUCAAAAUUUCUUUUGGUUCA